CACGAACAUUAGCGGCUGCUAUACUAUACACUUUGCUUCCACCUUAAACUUCCACACCUAAACUCAUCAACUGUUAAAACCCCAAUUUUGUCCCCAAAUUCACCAAGCAAAUAAAACCAAUUAGUGUCAAUUUCCACCAUAAAACCCAUGUACAAAAAUGUAAAAUUGGGCCAUAGUUUAUUCAAAAUUGCAACUUUCAGUAAAGGGCAAGAAGUAAAACUAGAAAAGAUUGAAACUUUAUCUGUCAAAAGUGGGCCAGAGCAGAUUUUGAAGAGUAAGUUUUUUUUAUUUUUUUUGGUGGACGAAGAGUAAGUUUAAAGGCAGAACAGGAUAGCUAUCAUCUCUUGCUCCCAUCCUCUGUUUCAUGACUUUUCUCUGAUUCGAGGGUUUUGAUUCUAAGGAGUCACCUGUUUCUGAGUUCUCAUUUAUGAACAUCUGAUGGGAGAUCUGUGUAUUGAUGAAGAUAUAACUGAUAUUCCUUCAACAUCGGACCAGGUUGGGCAUGCAUCAAGUAAAUAUUACAAUUUAGAAAGACAUGAUUACCAAGGAAACCAGGCUCAUUCUGAUGCUUUGAGUAACACAAAUCUUAUUGCUGAUUCUCUUGAAUUCUGCUCAUCUAUAGAUGACAUCAUCACCCGUCUUGUGACAUUGGCUGCUUAUUUACCUCACCGUUUUAUUUGUUUUGUUGAAGAUCUUGUAGUCCAAGAUAUUGAUGGAUGUUCAGAAAAUGUGGUGACUUGUGCCUCUGUAUCACAUUCAAGAUCUUCUAGUCUCAAUAUUUAUGAAUUUGGUGGGGAACAUUGCUCGUCAUCCUCCAAAUAUUAUAUUGAUGAUACUAGCUCUGGAAACUGUGGAAGAAGAACCUCUAAUACCAGGGGAGAUCUACUUGUAAAUACAAGAUGUGAAAUUGUGAAAACAAGUAAUUGUCAUCGAGGUGUCUCCUAUAUUAUUCAAGGGUUGAUGCUUCCUUUGUUUGGUUUUCGACUUGCUUGGAGGUUGGCAUUGGUCUCCUGGAGAUCUUUAUUCUAUUACAUCAGAUGCACUCAAGCUCAAGUUCGUAGCAUUAUAUCUCGAGUGCAUACAACUUUGCUUGGUUCAUCUGAUGAUAUUGGAUGGCUGCAAUGCACACCAGGAAUGGCUCCUGUGGAGGAUGGUACAGCCAGAUUUUUAGAGCUUCUUGGAAAAAUAAGGAAUGGAGAGCACGUACUUCCCAACUCAUUUGUGUAUCUGCUGAUACCAGGCCUUUUUAGUAAUCAUGGUCCCUUGUAUUUUGUGGGAACUAAGAGGUUCUUCUCUAAGAUGGGUCUAGCAUGUCACAUUGCGAAAAUCCAUAGUGAGGCAUCAGUGGAGCACAAUGCACGUGAACUGAAGCAUUACAUUGAGGAGCUUUACUGGGGUUCUGGGAAGCGUGUGAUGCUACUUGGGCACAGCAAGGGUGGGAUUGAUGCUGCAGCUGCAUUGUCACUGUACUGGUCUGACUUGAAAUAUAAAGUUGCUGGACUGGCCUUAGUGCAAAGCCCAUUUGGUGGAUCCCCCAUAGCUUCUGAUAUUCUCCGUGAAGGCCAGAUUGCAGACAAAGAAACCCGGAAGAUCAUGGAGCUUCUAAUAUGCAAGCUUAUUAAGGGUGACAUUCGAGCAUUGGAAGAUCUCACUUACGAUAAACGCCGGGAGUUCAUCAUGAAGCACAAACUCCCUGAUCAAAUCCCUCUUAUUUCAUUUCACUCUGAGGCAAGCAUUGCUCCAGGUGUCCUUGCUACAAUGACGCAAAUAGCUCACGCAGAACUUCCUUGGCUUCCCCUUCCAAAACUAGGGGUUGAAGAACCUGAUGGUGUUCUUCAAGCAGGAUGUCAGGUGCCUGUAAUAAUACCUUUAUCUGCUGCCAUGGCUGUGGCUGCACUCCACUUGCAGCUAAGAUAUGGAGAGAAGAGUGAUGGAUUAGUGACACGCCGCGAUGCUGAAGUUCCAGGUUCAGUUGUUGUUAGACCUGACAGGAAGCUUGAUCAUGCAUGGAUGGUCUACUCUUCGGGUAAGAAGAAUCCUAAUGAGCCUGAUUGCAACCAAAUGUGCGAGGCUCUUUUGACUAUGCUUGUGGAGCUUUGCAAAAUUAAGGAAGAAGGUGACGGUAACUACAGGAGUUAUUGCGAGUAAAAAGAAAAAAAAAAAAAAAAAGGAAAAAAAGGUCUUGAAUAUAGAAGCCGGUAUUUUUGGACUUUCUACAAGAAUAUGUGUCGGAAGGAGUAAUUUUUAUUCACCAUUAAUGAAGUUUUUCUGCUUCGGCUAGUUAUUAGUGCAUUGUAUUGAAAACCUCAAGUGGCAAUUAAAUGACAGAAAAUUAUUGCUACUUGUUACAUUCUUCUUUUCUUAUUAUUCAUAAUUAAUAUCAGAAUAAAGUUUUCUGCAUGAUA